UUUCUAGUUUGACCACUUCCAGUGUUUCCUGUAGGCGAGGCUCGAGACAACUGCGGACUUCUGCUCGAUUUUAUUCAACAAAAACAAGAAAAAGACUUUAAAAAAAUAAGAAGACGUGAAAGGAGGCGGGAAUUAACAGUUCUGUAAACUUAAAGAAGAUUUUUCUUAACUUCCAGUGGAGAAUCUUGGAGGAAACCAAACCUGCUGCAGCGUCGUUCCUGCAGGAUGUGAGAGAACUGCCGCUGAAAGCCCGAAGCAUCACUCCUCAAGACGUUUGUUCUCCCGUCUCACCGCUGGGUGGGUGUCGGCUCUCUGGUGUCUUUCACAGAUCGACUCGCCGAGGACAAACAUGUCUCUGUUCUUCUCUGGAGCCGUUACAAGUUCUCCGAUAAAACGAAGGCUGAGGAACCAUUUCUGCGAGAGCCUGGACGUCUCCCUCCUCUCCCCCAACUCCUCAUACGUCUGUUACUCCUCUCUGGAUGCAGGGAGUCCCUGCUGCUGCCGCCGCUCGCCACGCCUCCUCACUAACGGGUACUACACCGUCACAGACGACAGCUUCUCAAUGGACGAAGAUGGAAACGUGUCUCUGUUGGCCUGCAAAAGCAACAUGACCUACAAGGAGAACCUGGUCAGAGUUUUCCGACGCAGACGACGGCCUCGCAGCUCUCUCGUUCGGCUGCUGAGUGAUGUGACGGAGACCUGCCAGUCGUGGUUGGACCAGAAUGUCUUAAGGGGCGUGUUUGGGACAAAGCAGAAUCAGAACCAUGACCUGGACUCGGAUCAGGACCGAGAUGUGGACUGGGCCCAGAGCAGCAAGGACUGCCCAUCUCUGCUGAAUGAGUCUUUGUGGUUCGGACUGAAUGGCACCGAGCUGGACGACGGCUGCAGCUUCACCUACGAUCCCACUGAAGCCACACCCCCUCCUGGCAAAGAAGCCCCGCCCCCACAGAUGCUCGUCCAGGAGGACAUUUGCUCUGAGAUCUGUCAAUCAAAGGAGCAGUUCACCCAGACACUGGGUGAACUCUCCGAAGUCCCGCCUCCUUCACCUUUCUACAGCACCACCUGCUGCUGUCAGACGACAGCUGAACCCACAGGUGUAACGAUGAAGGCGCUCCUCUUCCUCAUCUUCAUCAUCUUCAUCCUCACCUCGCUUUACUCAGGGUGUCUGUGGUGGAGCACGACGGUGGCCUCCACCGUGUUCAUCGCCAUCUCCGCGUUCAUGAUCGUGACAAAGUCGGGUCCAAUGGGGGAGUGGAGGAGGGCGAAGACGGAGGACAUCACAUCCAGAAAUGAGUAAAAAGAGCGUCGGACGCUUUAGAUCAAAGAAAACAAAUGACUAUGAAUAAGAGGUUUGGUGGGAAUCAUCUAAGAAUUAUGAUUUCACUUCCUGUUGUGUGAUCGAUUUUUUUUGCACUUAAAAUGUAAAAAUAUUAUGAGCUCUGGAUGCAUUUAAAGCCCAAAAUCAGUUUAAAUAAAAAUCUGCUGAAACCUAAAAAUCAUGGAUGACAGGAAAUUAAGUCAUCAGAACCAGGAAACAGAAUCAUCGACUCACCAGCAUCAUGUGGACUUUUAUAAACUGAUGUUUUUAAAAUGCUGAAGGAGCUCAGGAGCGCUGUGACACCAGUUACUGUAGUUUAGAGUAAAGCAGGUGGAAACGAUUCACAUCGGAGUGAAACAUGUGUUCCUACUCGUCAGUGGUUGAACUCUGCCUUUUUAAAACUCUCCAAAGUGACCAGAUUUUUCAAGUCUGGAAAACAAAUUCAGGUUCUAAAGGAAAACAUAUCUGACCCAGAUUUCUGUCAAAAUAAUAAAAACCUCCGGGAGAUAAAAGAGUUUUAGCUGGAGUUUUAUUUUUAGGUAAAGUUGCACCAACUUGGGUUUUAUUUAGAAAAUUGUCGUUGGUGGGCGGAGCCACAGAUUGGACCUGUUUUCUCCACACCAACUAAUUUAAAAUGUAUAUAAAAUUAUCUGCAGGUCAUAAAUUAUAAAUAAAACAAUCUUUUUCCACCUUCUUCAGACUAAAUAAUGUAGAGAAGAAAAUGAUUAAUGAAACUAGCCAAACAAAUAAAAAUGCAGUUUGCUUGUUGGUGGUUUAACUUUAUUAUGUCGUGCCUUUAAAUUGGGAUUUCCUUAAAAAUAUUAAUACUAUAGGUUAAUGAGAGGCCAAAAAUGCUGCAGAAACAGGGUUUAAUUAAAUAAAAUCAGCAGGAAAUCUGAGAAAAAUUAAAAUAUUAAUUCAGCAGAUUUGUCUAAAAACCGAGGCUCUUUUUUUGUUUUUUUUUUCUCAGUAAAUUUUAGUUUAUUCUGUGCAGGUUUUCCCUGCUUUAGGCUUUUAUUUUGAAAAAGACGAAGGGCACAAAAUUAGCAUCAGCAUAUUUUUGAUUUUAUAUUUAAGGUAAUAUUUUAAGAGCAAUAAUUCCAGAAAAUGGAAGAAAAUUAAUUAAACCUCAGAUUGUGAGAAUGUUUGUGGAUUUGGGAAAAUUCACAACUAAAGUGGAGAUGAGCUUCUGGUGAUGAUGAUGAUGAUGAUGCUGUGAACGCUUUAAAUGAACCAGAACCAUGAAAAUAAAAACGAGGUUUUAUAAAGUUGAACCACAACAAGACGAGAUGGAAAAGUAAAGCAUUUAUGAUAAAAAAGGCAGAGAACACUUUUAACUCUUUAUGCUCCAGACUGUCUGAAUCUGCAGGAAAAAUAAAUAAAAUCAAAGUUAAUUUAAAUGAACUAAAUAAAUCAUAAUGGCACAUAAAUAUAAUUCUGUGAAGUUUGGGUAUUGAUUCCUCAUCAGAUUUGUAGCAUGAAGGGUUCAAAAGAAGUUUUCCUUCAAAGUGCCAAUAUAAAACGUAAUAUAUUAAUCAUGCAUAAUUUACUUUUAUGUGUUAAAAGCUGCAUGUACUAAUGUUUAUUAAUGAUCAAAUUAUUGUUGUUAAAUGUAGCUUUCUGUUGUUUAUGUUACUGAAAUCAGAUCAAAACCUGUUUUUAUGAUAAAGUUUGAGACCAUAAAUGACUAAAUGUUCAUUCACUGCUCCCCCUGGUGGCCAGAAUUAGUCAGUGCAGCUCAAUACAUUUAAAGGUAAAAAUAACAAAAAUCUUGAUUUUUAUUUCAUAAAUCGGUGGAUUUUCUAGUCUUCCAACGUUUUAAAGUUGUAGAUCUGUGGGAAGCAUUUAACAUCUUACCGUUUAAGUAAUUUGUUUUGACAGCUUUUAUUGUUGUGCACUUAUUUUUAUUAUUUAUAAUUUUUUUUGUUUGAAUGAUAAAUGACCCGCACUUGUAUAGCGCCUCUCAGAGUAAGGACUCCAAAGUGCUUUACACUACAGUGUAUCAUUCAUCCAUUCACACACACAUUCACACACUGGUGGGUAUGAGCUACGAUGUAGCCACAGCUGCCCUGGGGCGCACUGACAGAGGCUAGGUUGAGUAGGGAUGAGUGGUUUAAGCAAACUAAAUGUUUCAACUCAAUUCAGUUAAGUUUAAUUAUAUAGCAUCAAAUCAAUUAUUUAAACAGUUUAUUGUAGUCUGUUUCUAAGGAUUAACUUUGAAUUAAAAAAAAGGAAUAAUUAGUUUUGGCCACUAGAUGCCUCUGUUCUGGGAUUUUAUUAGAAAUCUGCUUUUUGUCAGACGUUUUUAUUUCUGACUGUUCACUAUUAAAUAUUUUUAAAUAAAUGAAA